UCCCCUCCGCAGUCGCGUCGCUGUCGCCGGCGCCAUUUUGCGCGGCCGUCCUGCCUGCCUGCCUGCUCUCCUCGCCGCUCCCCUCCGGUUCUCCUGGGGCCGCGCUCGUUCGGGACAGGGGGAGCCGAUGCACCCGGGCGUGAAGGUGUUCGUGGGCAACGUGCCCGAGGAGACCUCGCAGGUGGAGCUGCGCGACCUCUUCGAGGCGGCCGAGCCGGGCGAGGUGCUCAAGGUGGCCCUCAUGAAGCAGUUCGCCUUCGUGCAUCUGCGCGACGAGGCGGCGGCCGAGCGCGCCAUCCACAAGCUCAACGGGCACCUGCUGCACGGCCACCGCGUCGUCGUGGAGCACUCCCGCCCGCGGCCCACCCACACCGUCAAGAUCUUCGUCGGCAACGUCUCGGCCGCCUGCACCAGCGGCGAGCUGCGCGUCCUCUUCCAGGAGUUCGGGCCCGUCGUCGAGUGCGACAUAGUGAAAGACUAUGCGUUCGUUCACAUGGAGAAAGACGAGGAUGCUAGAGCCGCCAUUGAACAUCUUAAUGGAAGGGAAAUCAAAGGCAAAAGGAUUAAUGUGGAACUUUCUAAUAAAGCUCAUAAAAGGGGGCCUGCUGGGCACGUUGGUCAGCUUGGCGGUGGAGCUGAAAAGAACAAAAUACCAACUUUAGAGAAACUCCAGCCCAGGAGUGAUGGCCUGAGAUCCGGUAAUCUUGCCUUCCCAAUGGCAGCUUCGACUUAUUCUUCACUUGACUAUGACUAUCAGCAGCGGUUGAACAAUAACAAUUUAACCAAAUUUGACUCAAACGGCCAAGCCAGGCAGAUCUCCCCUUCCUUUUUUGGAAGGGACCGGAGCCCGCUAAGACGCUCGCCCACGAGAACAGGCUAUGCACUUCCCAUGACCGCCCAGCAAGCUUCCUACAGAGACCAGCCUGCAGCAUCGCUCGGAAUGGCCUAUAGGCCCCAACCUACCACUGGGCAGGCGGCCAUGUACAGAGCCCAGCCCUCGACCAUGCUCGGAAAUGCAUAUAGAGCCCAGACCUCUGUUGCCAUGGGACCUUCCGGUGCCCAGACAGCCGCAGCCUCGGCACUGACACCUUAUAAUACCCAAGCCUAUGGAACUCAGGCUACUGCUUCCCAAGUUACCUCUUACGAGGCCCAGCCCACCACAACCUACGCUGCUUCUUACGGGGCCCAAACCGCUGCCACCUAUGCAGCUUCCUACGGAGCCCAAGCAGCUGCACUCUCCGCCUCGUACGGAGCCCAGCCAGCAGCCAACCAGUCAGCCAUGUAUGCAGCUCACACUCUCUCAGCCCAGCCCACCUCCUAUGGAGUCCAGCCCGCUGUUGGCCACGCUGCUUCCUAUGGGGCCCAGGCUGCUUCUGCUCUGCCAACUGCUUAUGGGACACAGUCUGCCACAAACAUGGCAGCUGCUUAUAGCAUGCAGGAUGCUGCAGCCGCAGCCGCUGCGGCUUCCUACAAAACGCAGCUGUCUGCUUCGUUGCCCACGGCCUACAGAGCCCCAGGAGAAGCAGCCUAUACAGCCCAACAGUCUGCUUCUGUCCCUGCAGCAGCAGGGUAUAGAGCUCAGGCCACAGCAUACAACGGGCUAGCUCAGUCUGCGCAGCAGGCGGCUUCCUACCCAGGAAUGUCUCAGGCAGAAGCUGCCGCUCUCCACCCUCUGUAUGAACGUACACGUCUCUCCCCACCACGCGGCAGCCGUGAGGAUCUCUACCGAAAAGCAGCUGCAAUGAACAAGAGGUACAAUUCUGAUCUCUCAGAUGACCGCCGUUUAUCUGACCUCUCUGAUUUCCGCCGUUUAGCAGACUCCCCCCAUGCGUACCGCCAUUCGCCAACAAAGGCUCAACUGGAUUAUCGCCGCCUCCCAGAAAUGCAGUCUGAUGCCCGUUAUGCAGGUGCCUAUGGCGAUUACUUGCGUAAUGCACAACUGCAGCUGCAUGCUAGUUACCAGCGCCGCCUGUAGAGGAAUUUCCCCGUCUCUUCUGGGGUGGGACUCUGUUGCUGUGGCAUCCGCCGUUGUAACACAUAGAGCAUAACGCCAGCUGCUGCGUCCUCAAUGAGCAGUUUGAUUUCAGAAUAUCCUUUUAGUCCUGACAUUUCUUUAUCAUGGAUGCCCUAGGCCACUUUAGCUCUUAAAUUUCUUUUUGUUCUUUCUUAUACCAUGUAAAGGGUGUGCUAUUUACCUUAGUCAGCUAGUGAGUCAUAUACGCUGUCCAAGAUGAACAGUUUUAUAAAGGAGUCUUUUGAGUGGUUGCCUUAACCUUAACGUUAGGGCUCUCCGCUCGGCCUCAGGAGCAUUGUGCAUUGCUGCAUAUUCAACCUCUUAAAACCAAAGUUUGGAGUAGGGGUGGCCAUGUAGAGAACGACGUUUCCUUCAGGUUCCUCGGUCUGGCCUUUCUCUAGAUCCCGCCAAUGAGAAAUAAAACUGUUCUACAUUGUUAUCUUCAUUUAAUGUUGAGAGAAUCAGUAUCCUUUCCAAAUCAGCUCAGUUGCUUUUAUGUAACAGCAUCCCUCAUUGAUUUAUGUCCGUCUAGACUCUGCAAGUAAACCUUAUGUUAGAAGUGAGUUUAGAUACUUUUUUUUUUUGGUAUUACUGUAAAUAAAAUGGGCUGAAUGACAUUUUAGAACACCCAGUUGUAUUAUGAUUUUGGUGUGUGUGCGCGUGCGCAUGCGCGCGAAUACCCAUUCACUCAUCUUUCUUUCAUUGGUAUGUGUGUAAAGCAGCUUCCCCAGCUUCGCCCCUCUGGAUGUUUUAUCCUACAGUUCCUAUCAUUCCUGACCAUUUUCCAUAUGGGCUAUGAGUGAAGGGAGUCAGCGAUCCAGAAUAGCUGAAGGGGCUUAGGUCAGGAAGGAGUGCUCUAAAACAGUUACACUGCGGACUGUUUCUGCCAAAGGGUACUGGAAGUGGGUAAUCUGUAGUUGGCAUUGGUGAGUGCAGACCAGGCGCGCCAAAUUCAUUUGAAUUCCUAAGAUCCAGCUCUCCCACUCCAAGGUGCAUAGUAUUCAUAGAACUGGUGUUACCCUUUCAGCAGAGUGCUUGAACUCAUUGCACCUGCAGCGUUAAAAACGAAUCGCUGUCGCUAAGCCCUGUGUAAUACAGUAGUAACCUGUGCAAAGCUCUAUCCUUCCAUUGUGUUCUGGAGAUAAAUCACAGUCUUUUUUCUAUCCCAUUUGACCUUCAUGGUGUUAGAUUUGUCAGAAACCAAGACAAUGUAGCUUCUCUUGGGUGUGAGGAAAGGUGAGUUCUCAACAUAGGAGGAAAGAGAAGGAUGUGCAUAUGAAACUGGAAGGCCUGAAAUAGUUUUGUUUAAGGGGAGCCAUUAUGAUUCCUGGCAACUCACUGUGCAACUGGAGAGAGCUUUUUCCCUGCUUUAAAACAAAAACGAAAGCUUGGUUUGUUCAUUGUGCUAGGCCAUGGCUUAUUUAGCCACGGUUUGAUGGCUGAGCUUCUACUACACAUCAGUCAGACUAAACAAACAACUUUUUAGCUUGGUGUGAACCAUGUCAAAGCUAUUUUAGAAGUGUAGUCCAUGAACUAGUUGCACAGUGGCAGCAUGAUGGAAUAGUGGCACGAGCUGAACACAAACUCAGCUUGUAAUAAUUUAACAAAUGUAGAAAGGUGAAGCCGGUCCUAAUUUGUGUCUUUCUGAGUAAACUAGGGUAUUAUUAUACAGCUUUUUAUAGGAUUGGGCUUUUUAGAAAUGGAAUAAAACGUACAAAUUGCUGUACUCCGGCUCUGUAUCUCUUCCUUUUUUAAAAGGUCUUUCUCGGGCAAACUCUUAUAGUGAUCUGUAUGUCUUGCCUCCUUACUUAGCACUUUGCUCAGACACAGUUGCCCCCAAAGAGCUGAUGUAAGGCAAAGCUAAUACUGCCCGUUCCUUUUCUGUCAGAAGAGCCAUAUUACCAUGCUAAAUAGGGCUCCCACAGUAGUUCAUAGUGGGAAAGAAGCCUUCAUUAUUCUGUGCAUAUCUUCUUCCUGGAAAAGCUCCACUGGAGUCAUGUGGCUCGAAGACAAGGUCUUUACGGGUUUUGAGAACGGAUGCUGGGAAGCUGUGCGCAACUAGGAAAGGAAGAGGUCUGACUUGAUCACUGUUGUUGAAGAUGGGCUUUAUCGUGUCUCCAGGUAUCUUUUCAGCUGUCCAUUCAGGUUUGUGAGUGUGGUGUCAAAUCAGUGACCCAUAUCUUCUUCCUUAUUUUAUUUAUGAUGGAUGAUGAGGCCCAAGAACAUGGCCCUAAAAAAUCAUUUAACACACCCAUCCCCCCACCAACACACACACGCGCGCGCGCAAAUGGAACUUACACAGAAUGUUGAUAGUGAUACCUCUUGGAGUUGGUUACACUUGGGUAGCUGAAUCUUUCCAAAAAUUGGAGAAGGAUCCUGGCACUGCAUAGCUAAGUAGAAGCGUUGACAGAAAAGGUAUGGGCCAGCUUUGGAUUGCAAGGGGAGAGGGAGAAAUUAAUGUAGAAUACGUUUAGAAAUUGGCCAUAGAUUUGUAGUCAGUUAUAUCCACAAAUUUAAUUCAGCCUCAACAAGAGCCACCUCAGGACUCCAAACUCUGUUGAAGGUUAAAAAAAAACGAUUCCCAUUACAACAGAAAAAACAGAAGUUUUGAUCAGUAGGUGCUGAAGGACAAUGACUUUGGCUCCUCCAUUGUUGCAAGGUUAGAAGUAGAAACUCUUGCUGACCCUCCCUCCCCUGUUAAAAGGAUUUAUAAAAAUAGCUUUACUUUCAACAUAGUUGUUCUUCUGUCUUUCCCUGUCAUGAAAGACUGCAUGUUCUGCAACAAGUGAUAGAGUUGAGCAAUAAAAAUAAUUUUAAGUUUAAAGUUAAGGCAUUAUGUGCUGUGGCAUCCUGGCAUUUAAAUAAUGCAAGAUAGUUGGAUAGAAGUUUUUCCUGGCACUUUAAAUUUUGAUUUUUAGUUAACAUUCAACUUGGCCAGUAUUGUUUCUUGGCAAGACCUUUGUGUCUUCUUAUGUAAUUGUAAUAUGGAUACUGUCAUUCAUCCCUGCUUAAAAGCCAGUUAAUGUUGGUAACUAUUUAAUUGGAUCUUGGGGGGGGGGUUUCCUUAUAGUAUGCAAGCAUAGGGUAUUUAUUUUUCAGCAACUCCUAUAUUUCUACCAUUGGCUCCUACCAAGCCAUGCUUCCUUUCUAGGGUCAGCUGCCAGCAUGAAACAGAGUUUUCUCCUUUACCAGUGCUUCAGCACUGAAAGCUUAUGAAAAUGCUGCUUCCAGGAGGCACUCUGGCAUUCUUUCUGUUGUUUUUUUAAAUUUGCUUCUGGUGAACAAUUAUGAGAGGUUGAGCUAUUUCUAGACUGGGGAGUACAGCCUCGAAAAGACCCUGGCAUUGGUUGUGUGGGCUAACCAGCCAGAAAAACAGUUUGUCGCUUGCUUUAAUUUCAACAAUCUACGACUUGAUUGUUAAUCAAGCCUUUUCAGUGCUGCUUGUUGUAUUAGUCCCACUCCUUCCAAAUGACAAUAGACCUCAAAGGUACAAAAUUAACCAUUGGGCCAUGAUGAUGUUUAGAUUCAUCCAUCAAUUCCUGGGCAUCUCAGUCAAGAGAAGGGAUAUCCUCCAGAAGAGUAAGGCUUAAAGCUGCAGGUGAAGAGGGGUGAAAAGCUGUAAUCCCAUACAAGUUAAACUGAUGUAUCAGUGACUUGUAAAUAUACACUUGAUGAGACCUCAGAAGUCACCAAAUUCAUUCUUUCAAGGCAGUUUUCUGAGAAGUAGUUUCCUAAAAAAAACAACAGUACACUGCAAUCAAAUUUCAAAAAAGUGGGUUUAUCUACAUUAGCUGAAAUACUGCAGGGGAUCCAAAGAAAGAUCAAGAAAAGUUAUCAGGUAUAUACCAACAGGUACCAGGAUAUCUGAACAAUCAGCACCUUGACAGACCAAGUAUCCCUGGAGAUGGGAAAAAAUGGAGUUUGCGAAGGAAGCUUGCUUCAGUUCUUCCACUGAUUCUUCUACUGGCUUUGUGUUGUACUUGAAAGAACCACCUGGCUUCUCGAGGUGCUGAAGCAGGUCUUCCUGGUGCCACCCUUUUAGUGUCCUUAAGCAGGGCUACAGGAAACAGGUGGGCUCUUGCAUCAGGUUUUCAAAGAGUAACCUGAGCCCUUGUAUACACGUAAUGUGAGAGGUACACAUGAAUGAGAAAAACUUGGUGGUGCUGCAGAAGACUCGUGCUUUACGAGGGACAUCUAGCCUUGAGGAAUCAAACCCUCUGAUUUUCAAUCUCUAGAAUAAAAAUGCAAGCAUACUUUUAUCUGCCCCAUCUGUCUGGGUUUUUCUAGCUAUAAGCCCGUUAAUACCCCAGAUUAAAAUGCCAUGUAUCUAACUUCAUCUCCUGGAGCUCUUGUGUACCACACAGCUUGUUUAAUGUCAGAGCUAGAUAUUUCUUUGCCCUGCCUCUAACUCUGUUAGCCAGUUCUUUGGUGUUCACAGACACACUGCGAAAACAGCACUAGGCCCAAACAGAUAUACCACAUUGGUAUAAUUGGAUGGCCUCGUUCCCUACAGCGUGCUGAAAGACUACCCAGCUUCAUGUUAGUUUCCAUGUGCAAACCCAGCUUUCUCUGGCUACAAAACAGCCUUCCAUUCCUCUCACCUUUACUGCUUGAACACUCCGCUUGUCCUGGAACCCCAUACUUCUUCCUCAGCCAUCAACUCAUGGCCCGUGGAAUUAAGGACAAGGGGCCUUCUCUUUCAGAGGUUCCUUGGGGCAGUAAUGCGGUCCUGCCUGAUGAGUUGCGAUGGUUCCUCCUCUCGAAAAAAGCUGCUGCUUUCCCAUGGUUGUGUCCCUUUUGCCCUGUGUAGCCUGGUUUGGGUAUUCCAGCAGGAAUGUUGGGGUUUGGGGUGAAGUGGGGUGUUUCCUUUUGCCUCCUUACAGUGCUGUAACAUUAGGAAGUCUGUGCCUUACUGUGGCAUGGACUGAUGAUGUCUUCUUUUUUUUUUUUGGCCUGAAAUGGCUGUGUUCAGAUGUUGGGAAACUUUUAGAUAAUCACCUAUUGAUGAUCAUUCCGAUUGAGAGUGUGCAUGUGCGUAUCUCUAUUCUGUUUCAGUCCCUCCUAGAAUAUGAGUCCCCAGGUGUGGAGUUCCUUUUCCUUGCCAAAAUUCACAGGCCACAUUUAGGAUGGCUGGCUGGACUCCGCUACGUUCCUGACAACCUUGACUGAACCAAUCAUAGAGGCUGGGGCUGCCUUACCAGUUAGGCCAAAAUACGGUUUGCUACUUAGUUUACCUGUUCCGCGGAAGAUCUUUUUAUCAAAUGAAGCCCGUGGGCUGGCUUUCCAUCGCCCCUGCCUGAGCCAGAAACGCAGGCCGUGAGUUUCACGACCAAAUGAGCAUUUGAACCCGGAGAGAUGCCCGACCAAGUUAGAAUCCGAGUGCCGAAAGAGACGCGUCCUCAAGACCCUGUAGAAAGCUUUAGCCUCGGCCGGGCUGUCUGCGCGCCGGGAUGCUCCCCGCACCCUCGGCCCUUCGCCUGCCUUGG